AUGAUAGUCAAGAUUUUCCUUGUUUUCUCAACGAUACUCCUUUCCUCUGCCUUACCAGGUAGAAAAGGGGAGUUAUUGUCUUUGAUACAGGUUUAUAGACAUGGUGAGAGAAGUCCAAUUGUGUUCUUCCCAACUGAUCCAUAUCAAGACGCCAGUUAUUGGAAUACUGGGUUUGGACAGCUAACUAACACUGGUAAGUUGCAACAUUACAAGCUGGGACAGUACACACGCUCGAGAUAUAGAAACUUUAUACCGAAAUACUAUUCCAAUGAGUUUUUCCGUGUCCAAACAACAAACAAGGAUCGAACCUUCAUGUCAGCGGCAUCCAACCUUGCAGGACUUUUCCCACCGGUUGGUUACCAAGUGUGGAAACAAGGUCUUCAAUGGCAACCGAUCCCAGUCUUUCCAGUCACCGAAGCUGUAUUGAGUGAUUAUUCCAACUGCGACGCUUACAACACGGCUAUCUCGCAACUGUCCACCACUGACGAAUACUUCGUGAGUCUUUCGGAGGAGAACCAAGAACUUAUGGCAUAUCUAAGUGAGCACACAGGAAGCAACAUCACUAGUCUCAGUGACAUUGUAAUGAUAUGGGACUCCUUGCAAAUUGAAUAUCUUCGAGGUUACACCUUACCCGAAUGGACCCAGUCCGUUUUUCCGGAACCACUCACGAGUCUGGUAUCGUCUCUGUAUUUGGCAAGCAGUUACACUGAAGAACUAAAGAUUUUCACCACUGGACCGUUCAUCAACGCGCUCAUAGAGCACUUCGAAGGGAUUUUGGCAAAUUCUACAGAUCCACCAUAUUUGCAGUACAGUGGUCAUGAUAUCAAUCUAGCGUGCAUUUUAAAUACUUUGGGAGCGUACCCAUCUGCCGUCCCAGGUUUUGCUAGUACCAUUUAUUUUGAGUUGCGACAAACAAGGAGGAUGAAUUAUAUUAACAUCUACUACAUCAAAGUUUCUGGCGCUGAACCCGAACCCAUUACUUUGUCCGGCUGUGGGUUUAACUGCGAUUUGCGGGAUUUUAAGAGUAUUUUGAGCAAUCGCACUAUUACCCCCGAUGAAUGGACUGAGCUUUGUAGCGCAUAA